AUGCCCUGCCUGCGAGGAAUCGAACUGUCCCUCGUCGUUCAGCCAGAUUCGAUCCAGCUGCCCGAGUUUCCACAUCCCGAUGCUUCUUCAGUCCGCGUGGCGUCUGUUGGCGAAGCCGUAUCCAAGCUUCAGGACCUCGAUGCCGCGCCUCCCGGCUUGGACUCGCCUCGAAUCCAAAAGACAGCCCCCAGGGCUUCCGUCUACGUCCCUUCUACACCAGGGUCGCAGUUCUGGGUGCAAUAUUUCAUCCAUCGCCAUCCAGAGCCGGCAUGUUACCUCUACUUCAAGCUCUUUAUCAACGGGCGCAGCAUCACCAGCUGCGGAAUCAAGCCCGGGGCGGAAUCAGGCAUCAUCUCACGGGCUUUGUUUGAGCCGAGUGAUCGAUGGCACUUGCAGCAAAAUGGAAUGUUGCUCAAGAGGAGUGGGAUCGAGUCGAGGUCGUUCUGCUUUGCUCCUGGUCCUGAUGCCGUUGCUGCGGCUGACGAUGGGGGCCUCAUUGAGGUGCGAGUCUUUCGGGCAAAGAGUCGGAGGAGGAGCACGCCUCAGUUGGCGCCGUAUCGAGACCAGGAACAAUAUGGCAUAAUAUCACCUUCGACUGGACUCCUUGAGCACCCCGAAGAUGCAAGCUAUUACGAAUGGAGUCUACAGGACGCGACAGACGCGCCGUAUGCGACCUUUUGCUUCCACUAUCGUGCAUGGUCCUAUCUUUGGGAUCUGAAUCUCGUGGUGGACGAUGGCAACGCUCUGCUAUGUAGUGGCACACUGGACGAGAGGUUUGGAGGAAGCCGACAUCAGGAUAAUGCGUAUGGCAGCCCGAGGGAAGAACAGGAGACGCAGCUCAUCGAUCCGGACAUGGUGUAUUCAGAGACACAUGAUGAUACUCGAAUAACUGCACAGCGUCGUCACAGCCGCGGUCGUCAUCGUCUCCAGAGUGUUUCCGAAGGAAGCGAGGAAGAGCCAUAUCUCAUGGAACAAGUAGACAACGGCCAGCGUCGCCGCCGCAAGAGAUCUUCAUCAUCUUCAACAAGACCGCCAAGGAGAAGCUCGCACGCACAUGUCCACAUGGCCACGAUGAUGCUGCUUCCUCCCGUCAUGGAAGAAGAAGACGUUUUCACAGACUCACAUGAGUCGCCGGAGCAGCACAGGACGAUGUCCGCAUCUACGAAGCGCUUUUAUGCCCACCAGCACUUUUACUCGGGCUUCCGCCGACCCUUGCCCACGGUGAAGGAAGUGCCGAGGCUCGAAUGA